AUGACGAAGCCGUUCGCGCGCCUGCCGACCUGCGUGGCCCCCUCCAAGUACUUCCUGGACUACGCCGUGGACCUGGACCGCUGCCGCUUCGAGGUGCGCGAGCGCGUGCAGCUCGUGGUCCGCGAGACCACCAGCCGCAUCACGUGCCACGCGCUGGAGCUGCACGUGUUCGACGCGAGCGUCUCCGUGGCCGGGCGCGCGGCCCCCAUCAAGUGCAGCGAGAUCCGCUACCUGGCCGAGGACCAGGCGGUCGAGCUGCUGCUGGACGAGCCGCUGGCCGCGGGCGCCGACGCGACGCUCGCGCUCACGGCGCACGGAGAGCUCAACGACAAGCUGCACGGCUUCUACCGCAGCGAGUACGACCACGAGCUGGCGGGCGAGACGCGCCUCAUGGCCGUCACGCAGUUCGAGGCCUGCGACGCGCGCCGCGCCUUCGUGUGCUGGGACGAGCCGGCCAUCAAGGCCAAGUUCGAGAUCUCCAUCGCCUGCGACGUGGAGCUCACGGCCAUCUCGAACACGCACGUGGUGCAGACGCUCGUGCGCCCGCGCGCCAAGAACGCGCACGUGCGCGCGCUGUCCCGCCCCAAGGCGGCCACGCUGGAGAAGCUCUGGCGGUUCGCCGAGACCCCCAUCAUGUCCACGUACCUCGUGGGCAUGAUCGUAAGCGAGUUCGACUCGGUCUCGACCAUCACGAAGGAGGGGGUGCUGGUGUCCGUGUACACGCCCGUGGGGCGCAGUGAGCGCGGCAAGUUCGCGCUCGAAGUGGGUGCCAAGGCGCUGUCGUUCUAUACCGAGAGGUUCGGCAUUCCGUACCCGCUCAAGAAGAUGGACAUGCUGGCCAUUCCUGACUUUGCCGCCGGUGCCAUGGAGAACUGGGGGGUUGUGACGUACCGCGAGACGAGGCUGUUGAUCGACGAGCAGCUGAGCAGCUUCGGGCAGAAGAUGGCCACGGCGCGCACCGUGUGCCACGAGAUCGCCCAUCAGUGGUUCGGCAACCUGGUGACCAUGGAGUGGUGGACGGGGCUGUGGCUCAACGAGGGCUUCGCGCGCUUCAUGGAGUUCGAGGCCGUGCACCACGUCUUCCCCGAGUGGAACGUGUGGGAGGUCUUUGUCCAGGACAUUACCAUGAGUGUGGCCAUGGGCAAGGACUGCAUGCUCACGUCCCAUCCAAUUGAAGUGAAGGUGAACCACCCCGACGAGGUGGACCAGAUCUUCGACGUGAUCUCGUACGCUAAGGGUGCCAGUGUCAUCCGCAUGUUGUCCGAGUACCUUGGCCGGGAUGUGUUUUAUCGCGGCAUUCACGAGUAUUUGGUCAAGUUCAGCUACCGCAACGCACGGACGCAAGAUCUGUGGGAGGCGCUGGAGCAAGCUUCCGGCCAGCACAUUACAUCGCUGGCGAGUGGAUGGACCAGUCAGACCGGGUACCCGAUGGUAACGUUGUCGGACGAUGGCAGCCUCACGCAGGAGCGCUUCCUGGCGGAUCAAACGCUAAAGGCGGCUGCUUCGGAGAGUGUUUCAUGGGAUGUCCCCAUUACCUUCAUCGCGUCCGAUAAGCCCAAGGAGAUCCAGCGUGUGGGCAUUUGGGAGCGCAACUCGACCUCGGAUGCACUAGCGGCCAAGCUUCGUGCACCAUCGAGCGGAUGGAUCAAGCUCAACGCUGGCCAAGCCGGGUUCUUCCUCGUGAAGUACUCUCCUGACGGAUGGAAGCGUCUGCAGCAGCCUGUGCGUGAGAAGACGCUGGGGGCAGUGGACCGCAUGAGCCUCUUGAACAGCAUCUUCUCGUUUGCUCGCAGCGGUGAGCUGCCGGUGUCUAGCGCUCUGGACUUUAGUUUCGCGUACGCGGAGGAACCGGAGCACUUGUGCUGGAAGGAAAUUUCGUCCAACCUGCGCUUCUACAGCACGCUCUACAGCGCCGACGCGUUCUACCCGAAGCUGCAGGCCUACAUCCGUCAGUUGUUCUCGAAGAUCAUGCAGCGUUUGACGUGGCAGGCUGCGGAGGGCGAGAGCUCGACCGUGGCUCCGUUCCGUCGCGACGUAAUCAGCAUGCUUGCUUUGGGCGACGACCCCGAAGUGAUCGCCGAGUCCCAGCGUCUGUUCCAGGCGUACUUCGAAGACAGCUCGGCGCUGUCGGCGGACCUGCGCGGCGUGGUCUUCAACGCACAAGCUCGUCGCGGCGAUGCCUCGCACCUGAGGCUUCUGCGGGAGAGGUACGAGUCCAGCAAUUUCAUCGAGGAGAAGCUGGACUGCCUCACGGCUCUCGGCCUGUUCAAGUCUCUGGAGCUUAAGCGCGAGGUGAUCACGUGGGGCCUCAAGACCGUGCGCUCGCAGGACAUCCAAUACGUCUUUAGCAGCGUGGCAGCGGAUGCGCCUGGCGCCGAGUUCGCGUGGAAGUACGUGCAAGAGCACUGGGCGGAGCUGAACGAGCAGUACCGUCCGCUGAUCGUUGGGCGCAUUGUCAUGUCGGUGGCGUCGCGCUUCCAGAGCGACGCUCAUGCGCAAGAGGUGGAGACGUUCCUGGAGACGCGCAAGCACUCGUCGUACACGCGGCUGCUGGACGCGGCGCUGGAGCGGAUUCGUGUCAAGAGCGCCUGCUACCAGCGCAGCCGAGAUGACCUGGCCAAGUGGCUCGAGUCGAUUUAAAGAGGAACGUGACCUACGCAGGUAAUACGCCGAUAUCCGACAUGUAUUAAAGUGCGCGCGGCUAACACUUCCAAUGCAUGUAGCGGCUUUUAAAUG